AUGGAGCCCAAAUAUAUAAAGGCCUUCAUCCUUGCGAAUAUCUUAUCAGUUGGUUUUGCUACCUUUGGGCAUGAACACGUACACAUAAGGAUACACGUGCCGGAGAUUGUGCAGCACCACGAUAAUAAAAUCAUCAAGUAUGAGGAUCACGACGGAGGCGGUGGUCACGGGGGUGGUGGUCACGGGGGUGGUGGUCACGGGGGCGGUGGUCACGGGGGUGGUGAUGAUCAUCAUCACAUAGAAAUCAGCGGUCCCGGUGGUUUUGGAGGCGGACACGGUGGCGGUGGUGGUUUCGGGGGUGGUUUUGGAGGUGGUCAUGGAGGAGGUCACGGGGGAGGUUACGGUGGUGGCUUCAGUUUCGGAGGAGGGGGUCAUGGCGACAUUGGCGGAGGUGGACACGGAGAUAUCAUCAUAGAUCAUGGUGGUGGUGGAGGAGGUGGUGGCGGCCACGGAGGUGGCCACGGCGGUGGUGGUUACGGCGGAGGAGGGGGUGGUGGCGGCCACGGAGGUGGUCACGGCGGUGGUGGUUACGGCGGAGGCGGCGGUGGAGGUGGCGAUAUAAUUAUAGAGCACGACGAUCAUGGCGGCGGUGGUCAUGGAGGAGGCGGUGGUGGUUACGGCGGAGGGCACAGCGGUGGUGGUUACGGCGGAGGUUACGGAGGUGGCGGCGGUAUAAUCAUUGAACACGGUGGACAUGGCGGCGGUGGUGGACACGGCGGUGGUGGCGGCUUUGGAGGUGGAUACGGAGGAGGUGGCCAUGGUGGUGGAUAUGGAGGUGGGGGCGGUCACGGAGAUUUCGGAGGAGGAGGACACGAUUUAAGCGGCGGGGAUCACCACUUUGGGUUCAGCAGUUACAGCAAUAGCAUAUCAUCUGGUUUCGGUAGUAGCGGACACGGUGGAAGCAGUUACAGUUCCGGCGGUGGCUACGAUUCGUAUUCAAGCGGUCAUGGUGGUGGUGGUGGUGAGAAGAAAAUUGUUUCCAGUGCGCACUUCAUCAUUCAUGUGCCGCAUCAUAUUCACAAACAUCACCAUACACAUACAAAGAAGAUUUACAUACCAGUCAAGUCGGAUGAUCAUCACGAGCAUGACGAGCAUGAUGGCUGGUAA